GUCUGCCGAAGCGGACUACAAAAUAUCGGAGGUUUCCCGCCUAAUGGAUCCCUGGAUAUCCUCAGGAGAUUGUUUGGAAACAAUUGUACGCAUGUAAUAGGAAACGUGGUCAUCAGCGACCUAGCAACAGGUGAGAAUGGAGUAGAUCCGGAUCUGUCUUUUUUGGAGCAUAUACGGGAAAUUACUGGCUACUUGAUCAUUAUGUACUCAAACGUCGAAACGAUUCCACUGACCAACUUGCGUGUAAUACGUGCUGAGGACGGUGGAUACAAGAUUGGCGCAGAUUUACAGCCAGCUGCUCUAGUUAUACGACACAAUCAUAGAAACAAUGUGGCACUCAGAAAUAUUGAUUUGCGGAAUCUCAAGUCCAUUGUCCAAGGAAGCGUGUACGUUUACGACAAUCCCGGAUUGUGUUAUUUGUCCAGACGUGUUAACUGGACAGAACUUUUUGAAACUCCAGGGGAGCAAUUUGUACUCGGGAAGGAGGCAGUCGAGGCGGCAAAUGAGUUUACCACAACAGCGACUCCCGGGCACGAGAAGUGGCAUGGAAAUGAUGACUACUGUGAUGCGGCUGUUUGUUCUUACACCUGUCGAAACUUUACUGGCGGUUCACAGCACUGUUGGGGACCAGAUCCAGAGGAAUGUCAACAAGAAUCAAAGUGUAACAAUGUGGACUGCAAUCGAUGUUACUCGAAGCAAGGGAAAAGUAUAUGCUGUCAUGAACAAUGUCUAGGAGGCUGUACUGGUCCAGAACCAACCCAGUGCAAUGCUUGUAAAGAGUACAUCGACUCUGGCACGUGUGUCGCACAUUGUCCGCAGAAUCCUGUGGUAAAGAACGGUGAGAUGACUCAAAAUCCCCAAUUCAAAUAUCGUCUGGGUGCCCUGUGUGUAGCCGAUUGUCCACCCGGUUUUCUCGUUGAAAGCGGUGCCUGCGUGACUCAUUGCACAAGACCUGGAACCCAUGCGGUCGGCCGAAAUUGCCUGCCUUGUGACGGGGGACGAUGCCCUAUAACUUGCAAACUUGAAUAUCCUUUAUCGCACAGCGGUUCAGAAAAGCAAAUUAUUAAUGCUGUGAACCUCAGAAGCUUAACGAAUUGCACGCAUCUCCAAGGAAAUCUGGUAAUCACCAACGAAUCGUUCCAUAUCAAUCCCUCUAUCCCUGGUCAUGAACCCAUUCGGGACAUUGAGGAAUUAUGGGCGUUACAUUCGCUUCGUGAAAUUUUUGGAUACGUCUACCUUGAUCUCGGUUCGUUUGGUAACAAACUGAAGAACUUCAGUUUCCUCGAAAACCUUGUCAAAGUCAGCGGUUACCAUACCAAUCUCAAAGUCAGUGUCACAAUCAUAAAUAGCGGUGCGGAAAUUGUUGGCUUGAGAAGACUUCGCGAAGUUCCUCAUGGUGGUGUAGUGCUGUUCAACAACACUCAGUUGUGCUACAUACAGACACUUCCAUGGGUGGUCCAGAAUAACGGCCCAGAAAAUUUUGAGCCUCCUGAUCUAUCAAGGAUCACUGGAACUAUGCAUAUCGCUGUUCACGAAAGUCCUGAUUUGGAGACGUGUACGAAGAGGGGAGCAAUAUGUCACACAUCCUGUGAUCCCCGAUAUGGUUGCUGGGGACCAGGCAUGGAUCAGUGUGUGCGAUGUCUAUACUAUAGAGCAGGCGAACAAAACUGCGUUAAAUCUUGUGACGAACUACCUGGAUUCAUGUACCACCCCCUGGGAGUUCGGCUGAAACAGUAUCAUUCAGACGUGGAAAUUCGUAGGGAAACGGAAAAUCGACCGGCCGAGUCGUACCUGAGGAGGAAGUCAGAAAUAGAGCACUCUUUUUCAAUGGGACUGCCAGACUCUGAUCAUAUUUGUCCACCAUGCCAUCCAGAAUGUGCACACACUUGUUCAGGACCGGGGCCAGAUGAGUGUAUUGGGGAUUGCAAAAUUGCUUGGGCAGGCGGACAGUGUGUCUCACAGUGUGAUCAGUUUCACUAUUUGAAUGGGGAGAGGAGAAUUUGCGAACCAUGCCAAAUACACUGCCAUCAACGCAGGUUUACAAACCAACCGGUGUGUACGGGACCGGGUAGACAUCCAGGUCCCGGCGGAUGCAAUAAAUGUGAAAAAGUGAUUGUCACCAAUCCGUCGAAAACGGACUCUCAGUUCGAUGCACAAUCACGCAUGUCACUGAAACUGGUCUGUUUACGCGGAGACUGUCCACCGGGAACCUAUUUAACCACUGAAGUUAUUCAUCCCAACUCUAGCUUUGCCCAUAUUGCCGAGACCUUUACAAAUGUGCUCCCAGUCUGUCGACAUUGUCAUCCACUCUGUUCAGAGUGCACUGCUCAUAGUCUUGUUGAAGCCGGUCCGGAUAGGAUGGGAUGUGUUGUCUGUUCAGGCGUGUGGUUCCGAGGAACCUGUAUGGAACAGUGUCCCAUAAAGGAGACAUACACGAUUGAUCAAACUGUUUAUCCAAAGGAUCCCAAAGUCGGAGAAACAGGUUUCACUGGAACCAUUCAAGCUCGACAACUGGCCGGUCGAUGUUUGGCCUGCCACAGUGCGUGUCACAUGGGUUGCUGGGGUCCGGAGGCGAGUCAAUGCAACCACUGUCUCUACGUUCGAGUUCAUCUCAGUAUUGUUCCUGAGGUAAUCCGCCAAAAAGAAGACCGAUUAGAAGCACUGUUUUGGAGUGUGACUAAACAAAAGGCAUCUGGAUGGAACCUGGCCGCGGAAGAACGCUUAGGACCUUUCAUGUGCUCGACCACAUGUCCCCACGGUCUCAACUAUUCUGUCACAGAUCCUUGGUCCGGUGACCGCCUUUGUUAUACCAGCACAGAGUUGUCAAAGGCCGACUGGACGCGAAUUAUGCACGAAAAUUCCGCGUUUCCCAUUCCCGCUCAAGAAAACAUAAAGAUGACAAAGAUGGCACAACCGGGAGGUUCCAAACAUUCACAUGUGGCCAUAACCCUGUUUUGGAUUGGACUGCUGGGAUUGUGCAUGCUGAUCCCCGUGAUUCUCUACUGCAUUCAUCGCGUUCGGCAGCCUAAGAAAUUGAGAACUGCAUUCACUGGUUUUAAUUACUUUCUCCCCUUCUCCGACUGCCUCCCUAUUCUUGGACAGAAAAACAAUCGCCCAUCUCUUCUAUCAGACAUGAGUGGCCCUCGCCCACAUGGAAAUCCGUGGAGAGGAGACCUGAUGGAAAUGUCACCGCUUUGUUCCGAACAGACUCCUGUAAGCAAAAGGGACGCCAGCACGACAGAGUCGAAUGCAAACAUACAAAAAGCUCCCAAUCUCGGACGUCUGGUGAUGAUCAAUUCAGAUGACCUCAUAUUGAACGAACAGUGCGGACCACUUGGUACAGGAGCAUUUGGAGCAGUCUAUCGAGGUGUGUGGCGUAUCGCUGAAGUCGACCUUGGUACCAGGGAUGAAUUCACUUCCGAUUCCACGAUUGGCAAUCGUCCCUGUUCCAUGCAGUCUUCUUCCACUGUGUGCACCACAAUGCCACCUACAAGUGAUGAAGGUGACGAGGAGCAUGGCUCCAGGGAAGGAGGUGGGGGGGAGACCCCGCCUUCAGGCUCAUUCGGAAUACAAGCCAAGAGACACAGCGCAAAUUCUUCAACACGGUACAGAAUGCUUCCAGUUGCUGUAAAGAUACUGAAUGACGGGCGAGGCUCCAGUGACUUACAGGCGCUCCUAGAUGAAGCCAAGGUAAUGGCAUCGGUAUCGCACAAACAUUGUCUACCUCUGAUUGGAGUUUGUCUGUCCAAGUCACGCAAAUGUUUAGUAUCCGCCUACGUGAUGAAUGGCAGUUUGGAAAGAUAUCUACGAGUGCAUGCACUGGACCUUCCGUCUGCAUUACUGUUAGACUGGGCUGCACAAAUCGCUGACGGGAUGUGUUACCUUCAGUCCAGAGGAAUCAUUCACCGGGAACAUCUGCAAAUCACUGAUUUCGGACUUGCAAAAAUGCUCGAAGGAGAAGACGAGGAGAAACAUGGUGAGGUUAUCGUGCGAUCUGGUCGUGUACCCAUCCGCUGGUUGGCCAUUGAAACACUGACGCAUGGACGUUACUCAUUCAAAACGGAUGUCUGGGCUUAUGGUGUAACUCUGUGGGAGAUAUUCACUUUCGGGGAAAAACCAUACGAGCGGAUAGAAACGGCGAACGUGAAAGCGCAUAUUUUAUCUGGAGGUCGUCUACCGCAGCCAGAAAUUUGCACACUCGAGCUGUAUCAAGUCAUGCUACGUUAUGCGUUUGCGUUUGAUCAAGUUGAAAAUCUGUUCUUUUUAUUGUUGAUUUACUCACACUAUUUCUUACAGACACCUAGAAGCAUAAUACUGGAAGAUCCCUACAGCAGCGUGGGUGGUGACACGCGAAGCCGCCUCACCAUUUAUCCAAGUUCCAUGAUAUUCAGUGAACGACCAGAUCCUGCCAGUACAUCACACAUGCCUUCUUUGCGAAAAGAUUCUGCCUCCCCAUCCGGAAUGUACAGGUCCGGAAGCAUAAACACGAACCCAGCACUUGGUUCUUCAUCCACCGGUCAACAAUUUGAUGGACGUCGCCGAAUACGUAGCAGCUUACUGAUACAACCAACCAGUCUACUGUAUCCCGGACGCUUUCUGAAGUAUCAACAACAGAAACGGAGCAGUGUAGGAGGAAGGGCCGAUAAUACCACGCUAUCAACAUCACUCAGCAUGGCCUCCUCCGGAAUGAGUGACCGAUGGAGUCAUUCAACUUUCCCGCACCACAGUCAACCAGCACUACUGGGUGUGAAAGAAAACACUAUGCCCCCAACACGAGGGCUCCCACCUGCCAUGUUUCCACGCGAUACCACCCAUCGACAAAGAGCAGAAAUUCGAGCUACCUUAAACAGUGACUCAUGGGCAAGCAGUGGGCAACCUUUAUUAUCCAGUGACCAAGACAGUUCCCUCAGUCAACUUAUUCUAUCAAAUUUGGGUUACACAAGUAGCGACAGUCACAGUAGUAUGGUUAUUAACAUACCUGCAACGAAUACGAAUACCGUGCCCACGUCGGCAGUUACCAUUCCAUCAGACGUCGCUAACCAACAGAUCACUGACGCAUCUGAAGACGUGACACCUUCCACCUCAUCACCUAGAAGUGACAACGAGACAAUCGAUCCGACGAUAGCCAGCCUUAAUGGGCUCAACAGCAGUAUGCCAGCUGAUUUCGGAUUAGAGGCCGCGGCCGGUUAUGUUUGGCCACAGUGGCCAAGCGUGUUUUCGGAGUUGAACCAAACCGUACCUGGUGAUGGUUCAGGAACAUCUAAUCUCCCAGACUCUAUAAACGAGGACAGUUUGGCUUCUCUAAAUCGACAACUGUGGUUGCGGAGGAGUGCCAAACAGCGACAGUUUUACCGAAGGCAAUCACAACUUCACCGCCAUGCAACUCUAGGUAUGCCAUUACCGGAACAGACUAUCGAAGAAGCAAUGGAAGAAUCAGCUAGUUGGCGACAUCCAGGGCGAGAUGGGGGUAUUUUUCCUUCCAACCAGAUUGACGAGGAAGGAAGUUCCGCCGAACGGUACUGUCCUGAUCCGACAGGAGACAACUGA